AUGAUCCUCUUCGAGCUUCGUCUUGUAAGUCUUCCGUACUUGCACUUCAGCUCUCCCGUAUCUUUCUAUCGACCUUGGCUCCAGUGCAUCGACUCCAGAUUUCCCAUUCAGCUCAGAGUGUCGAGAUGGUCCGAACCAACAGCCGCUUUGCUUCCAGUGCUGGCUGAUACGUCACCUCUGUGUCACUAUUCUGGCCCUGCUCAAGACUGGCCAAGGCCGUUCAGUCUGCUGAGCAUAUCUGAGUGUUACACUCCCAUACCAGUUUCCCUGACCUGGAAAGCAGCAGACUCCAUCUCUUACGUCUUACUACACCGUCCCAUCUUGCUUGCGCUCCACGCCGCUUUGAAGAGCUAUGAUGCCCAAACAGCGGCUAUAACACUGGCCAGCUCGCCUACCCCCCCAUCAAGUAGCUUUCAUCUAUCAGAGCUGCAUACCCCCAGCCACGUCUUUGCUGAGAGCUGCACUAGGCCAAAGGUUAGUCAGCGUAUGGGUUUCGUUGUCGAGGCUAGCCUCCCCAUCCUCCGACAGGAGCCGAGCAGCCGUCAGUAUCUUCCUUCCAAUGUGCUCAAACGAGAUCUGCCAGGUUACAAUGAUUCAGUUAAAUGCACAUCCGUCUCUAACAAUAUUUCAUACAUCCUUCUCCAGCAAGCGCGCUCGGUUAUGGCCGCUUCUGCAAACUUCACCUAUGCACCUGGAGGCGCUUAUCCUCUAUUAACGCGUCUGUUGGCGCUCUCGGGAUCACGACUAAGUUGUCCCGUCCCCACAACAAUUCCUUUACACCCCGAUAUAAAUAUGAAUCACUGCACGGCAUCUCUCCUUUCCAACCCUGCCAAUGACCACAUCAAUAGAGCUUUGCCAAUGCAGCGCUUCUAUUAUUGCCAGGCACUAAGCAGCCGCGAUAAACACGCCAGGUUCCCUAGACACAUAUACCUUGGGACUUGGAUAGAAGAACAGCAUGGCGUUUUGCAUCUUAUCGGCUUUUCUAUUUCCCUUUUAGUUGUAUUUCUCCUCAGCGCUGCCCCGACUACUCUCGGCAGAAAAUCAUUGCUGUUCUCAUUGGCAUUAGUCAAGUAG